CAUUCCAUUUGAAGUUUAAUGUCACAGAGACGCCAUGGCUUCUGUAGUUCACUGUCCUGCGGUGCGUUUCAUUUAUGAACGGUCAUUUUGAACGUGUUUGGACGUCCUCUCCGUGUUGUAGCGUCCCAUGCUAGCUGCACUCGAAGGAGCCUGCGGGACAGAAGCUACUGCGCACUGCUCAACACGGUCCAGUGGCAUCAUGGAGGACAACAGCCUCAGUGACUCCAAUGUAAAGGUCGCUGUUCGUGUGCGACCCAUGAACAGGAGAGAAAAAGACCUAAAAACAAAAUGUGUGGUGGAGAUGGAGGGGAACCAGACAGUUCUGCACCCGGCCCUCACCAACAUGAACAAAGGAGACCCUCGGAAUCAGCCAAAGGCUUUUGCCUAUGAUUACUGCUUCUGGUCCAUGGAUGAAUCUCAAAAGGACAAGUUUGAAGGUCAGGAUGUGGUGUUCCAGUGCCUUGGAGAGAGCCUGCUGGACAACGCCUUCAUGGGCUACAAUGCCUGCAUCUUUGCCUAUGGACAGACAGGCUCUGGGAAGUCGUACACCAUGAUGGGCUCGGCGGAGCAGCCUGGUCUGAUCCCUCGGCUCUGCAGCUCCCUGUUCAGCAGGACUGUGCAGGAGGCCCGAGAGGGAGAAAGCUUCACUGUGGAGGUCUCAUACAUGGAGAUUUACAACGAGAAGGUCAGGGACCUGCUCGACCCCAAAGGAAGUCGACAAGCGCUGAGAGUAAGAGAGCACAAAGUUUUAGGGCCUUACGUUGACGGCUUGUCCCGGUUGGCUGUUGCCUGCUACAAGGACGUUGAGUCCCUGAUGUCAGAGGGAAAUAAAUCCCGCACAGUGGCGGCCACAAACAUGAACGAAGAGAGCAGCAGAUCACACGGCGUGUUCAACAUCAUCCUCACACACACACUCAUGGACAUCCACUCUGGGACGACUGGCGAGAAAGUGAGCAAGCUGAGUCUGGUGGAUCUGGCAGGCAGCGAGCGGGCAGCGAAGACUGGAGCAGCAGGGGAACGACUGAAAGAAGGAAGCAACAUCAAUAAGUCUCUCAGCACUCUAGGGCUAGUUAUCUCUGCCUUGGCUGACCAGGGAGCAGGGAAGAACAGGAGCAAGUUUGUUCCCUACAGAGACUCUGUGCUCACCUGGCUGCUCAAGGACAGCCUGGGAGGGAACAGCCGCACAGCCAUGGUCGCCACCAUCAGCCCAUCAGCGGACAAUUACGAUGAGACGCUGUCUACCCUGCGGUACGCGGACAGAGCAAAGAGCAUCAUCAACCACGCUGUGGUCAACGAAGACCCCAACGCCAGGAUCAUCCGAGAGCUGCGCGAAGAAGUGGAGAAACUGAGGGAGCAGCUCACAGAGGCUGAGUCUAUGAAGGCUCCAGAGCUGAAGGAACGACUGGAGGAAUCAGAGAAACUGAUCCAGGAAAUGACAGUGACAUGGGAGCAGAAACUCAGGAAGACUGAGGCUGUCGCGCAGGCGCGUCAGAAACAGCUGGAGAGUCUGGGAAUUUCUCUGCAGUCUUCUGGAAUCAGAUUGGUGGAUGACAAGUGUUUCCUUGUCAACCUUAAUGCUGACCCUGCUCUCAACGAGCUUCUGGUCUACUACCUGAAGGAUCACACUUGCGUGGGCUCAGCCAACUCCCAGGACAUCCAGUUGUGUGGGAUGGCCAUCCAAAGUGAGCACUGUGUGAUCGACAUCACUGAAAACAACAGCGUGGUGCUCACUCCUCACCGCAGCGCUCGAACAUGUGUAAAUGGUGCUGUAGUCACCAGUCCAGUGCAGCUGCAGCAUGGAUACCGAAUUCUAUGGGGAAAUAACCAUUUCUUCAGGAUCAACUUGCCCAGGCAUUUGGUUCAUGCCGGGGUUGAGGAUGAGGAGGACGGUGCUGUGAUGAAGGCAUGUUUGGGCACCGACCGGGGAGAGUUGGAAUUCGGUUCGUCCAGCGACGUGUCGAGUGAGCUGAGCUUCAGUUAUGAGUUGGCCCAGACCGAGGUCAUGAUGAAAGGCAUGGGCAGCAACGACCCCCUACAGUCAGUGUUGCAGACACUGGAGAGGCAGCAUGAGGAGGAGAAGCGUUGCGCCCUGGAGCGUCAGAGGCAGAUGUAUGAGCAGGAGCUGCAGCAGCUCCGCCAGAGACUGGACGCAUCAGGUCUCCCGGUCAGUGCUGGUGCUGCUAUAACAUCACCCGGCUACCAGAAACGCUUGCGGCGCUGGAGUGAGGACAGGGAGGCGAUGAUGACUCGCACCCUGCGGCGCCUGAGGGAGCAGAUAGUACGGGCCAACCUGCUGGCUCAGGAGGCCGGCUUGAUCGCAGAGGAACUCAACAAGAGAACCGAGUACCUGGUCACUCUUCAGAUACCUGCCUCCAACCUGGAUGCCAACAGGAAGCGUGAUGUGGUGCUGAGCGAGCCGGCCAUCCAGGUCCGUCGUAAAGGUAAAGGGAAGCAGAUCUGGGCUCUGGAGAAGAUGGAGAACAGGCUGGUGGACAUGAGGGAGCUUUACCAGGAGUGGAAGGACUUUGAUGAAGACAACGCUGUGAUGCGGUCCUAUUUCAAACGUGCCGACCCGUUCUUCGAUGAGCAGGAGAACCACAGUCUGAUCGGUGUGGCCAAUGUCUUCCUGGCCUGCCUGUUCUACGACGUCAAGCUGCAGUAUGCAGUGCCCAUCAUCAACCAGAAGGGAGAGGUGGCAGGUCGGCUGCACGUGGAUUUGUGGCGGGGGACAGAGGGCUCUGAGGAGGAGAGUCCAGAUCAGCCUGACGCUCAGGAGAUCCACAACACAGACGGAGAUCCAACGGAGCGUAAACUGGAAUGUGUGGUGAAAAUCCUCCAGGCCACUGGUCUUCCUCGCCAUCUGUCCAACUUUGUCUUCUGCCAGUACCACUUCUGGGGGGAGGAGGAACCUGUAUUCAUCGCUCCAGAGGUGGCGCCAUCCAGCUCAUCAUCAGCCUUUAGAGACCCUCAGUGCACUGUGGUCUUUGACAGUGCCAAGGAGUUGUCUGUGUCAGUAUCAGAUGACCUUGUGGAGUUUCUGGCUGACGGAGCUGUGGCUAUUGAAGUGUACGGCCACAAACAGGCCAACCACCGCAGAAACCUGGCUCUGUGGGACCUCGGAGUAAUUCAAGCCAAAACCAGAUCCCUCAGAGAGAGAUGGAGUGAGGUGACCCGUCGACUGGAGCUGUGGGUGCAGCUGAUGGAGCUGAAUGAGGCUGGACAGUUCACAGCUGUGGAGGUUCUUCCUGCCAAAGACGUACGCACUGGAGGAAUCUUCCAGCUUAAACAGGGUCAGUCCCGUCGAGUUCAGGUGGAGAUGCGCUCGGUGACUGAUUCGGGCACCAUGCCUCUUAUCACUGCCUCCAUCCUCUCUGUGUCCAUCGGAAACGUCCAGGUCCGACAGUCACAUGUCUCCAGAGGCAACGAAUCACAAUGGGCUGGUGAUGAAGACAUGGACAGUUACCAAGAGGUGGACCUGGAGAGGAUGAGGGAGCAGUGGCUGUUCACACUCACUCAGAGGCAGGAGUAUUUGGACCAGCAGCUGCAGAAGGUCGUCUCCAAACCAGAUAAGUCCGAGGAUGAUGUUGAAAGGGAGUCUCAGUUGCUAGAGUGUCGUCUGACUCUCACAGAAGAAAGAAAUGCCGUCCUAGUGCCCUCAGCCGGCAGCGGCAUCCCUGGAGCACCAGCAGAAAGGGUUCCUGUCUCUGGAAUGGAGACACACAUUCCCGUCCUGUUCCUGGAUCUCAGUGCUGAUGAUUUCCAGGCCAAUCUUUCAGCCCCAUUAUCUGGGGGUCUGGACGCGUUGCUGAGUGAGGAGGAUGAUGACGAAUUCUUUGACCUUCACAUUGUUAAACACUAUGAUCAUGAGGUCAAGGUGGAGGCUUCCUGGGACUCGACGGUUCAUGACUGCCCACAGCUGAGUCGCGUGGCGUCGGCCGACCAGAGGGUCUACCUGACGGUCCUGGCUGUGGUUCAGCUGAGCCACCCGGCCCACAUGCAGCUGAUCCUCAGAAAACGCAUCUGUGUUAAUGUCACUGGAAGACAGGGUUUUGCACAGAGUCUGCUGAAGAGGAUGUCCCAUCGCAGCACCAUCCCCGGCUGUGGGGUCACAUUUGAAAUCGUCUCUAACAUCCCAGGGGACAUCCAUGGUCCAGAGGACAGGGAGAUGUUGGCGCGGCUCGCUGCCAGCGCUGAGGACGACCAGUCAGCCGACAGUGAGGCGGCUAUAGAGAAAUACCUCCGGAGCGUCCUGGCUGUGGAGAACAUCCUCACUCUGGACCGUCUCAGACAGGAGGUGGCUGUAAAGGAGCAGAUGGGGGUCAGAGGGAAACCUCCCAGACGCUGCCUGAGCUCUCCAAACAUCCACAGGAGCUGGAAGAGCCACCAGGAUCUGUGUGUGGUUCCUCCUCCGUCCAGACGCACACUGCCCAGUUCCAUUACCCAGAAUCUGAACCCAGAAGCAGUGAAGGCCGUGCCCAAGCUGCUGAAGUCACUGCUUCCUGGUGUGAAGGAAGAUAGCGGCACCCAGUCAGUUGUCCAUCAGCAGUCGCAGAACUUGCCGCGCAUCAUCGUGCAGUCAGCCAGCGUCGAAGAGGGCAUGAGCAAACAUCAGCAGCUGGUUCCCCUUGAGGAAAUCAUUCCUGCCGACCUCCAAGCAGAGCUGCCCCGAUCCGUUCCUCUCCCACCGCCCAUCAUCCCAGAACAGGCGGAAGAAUCCACCCACAGCCCAGUGAGCGAAGCUUCCAGUGGAUACAUGUCGACCAGCAUAUCUACAGUCACACUAUCAGACGUCUACACACUGAGCUGGGACCUGCCCCAGACAUCAGGAUUUGAGACGGUGCCUGAUGAAGAGGAAGAGGACACUACAUUUACACAAUCUGUUACUUACCCAGAAUCCCUCCUGGUGGAACACCCGGAGCCUCAGGAGGAAUCGCAGGGUUUGAACGACGAAGCAGCUGCAGACAAGAUUGACUUGCCACCAGCCGAAUUACACAAUACUCCAUCAGAGUCAAAUCUGAGUCUCGAGGAACCACAUCAGUUUCCAUCAGUCAGUUUGAAGGAGGAAGGAAUGCCUGAUCCAGCAGAAGAAUCACAUCUACCAGACCAGACCGAACCAUCUGAAGACCAAACUGCUGACCAGAUUGGAUCAGACCAUUUGGAGCCUCUCUUUGAUUCGGUGGAAGUCGAGCAGAAUGAAACAAAACAGGCAGAAUUGUUGCAAACACCCGUCUCAAAAUCAGAGACCCCACAGGAGACAGAAGAAUCAGAUCUACCAGACCAGGCCGAACCAUCUGAAGACUCCACUGCUGACCAGAUUGGAUUAGACCAUUCGGAGCCUCUCAGUGAUUCAGUGGAAGUCAAGCAGAAUGAAACCAAACAGGCAGAAUUGUUACAAACACCCGUCUCAAAAUCAGAGACCCCACAGGAGACAGAAGAACCCGAGCUACCUGCUACAGAUGAGACAGAAGCAGGAAUCCCCCUGCUUGAUGAAACACAACCGUCAGGGCAGGAAGAUCAAAAUCAGCCUCAGCAACCCGAAGAAGAAGAGGCAACCUUUGACAGGUUUCAAGAUCCAGCUCCAAACCUGAUCCCAGUUUUGACAUCAGCUGACUCGGUUCUUCAAGAUUCCUCAGAGCAACAAUCAAACGCUGAGGCCUCAUACCCUAUCGACACCUCAGUCCUGACCUCAACCUCAGAAGCAGAUGAAGUGCAAGAAGAAUCGCCCGCCGAUGAAUCUGUGAAAGCUCCAGCAGCCCCCACUCCUCUGUCCAGCGUUCAACCUUCCAAUUCUGCUGCCUCAGCGGCCAACCCCUUCCAGAUCCAGAAAGUCAAGUCUUCGGACCUCAAGUCCUUUCAUGUGAUAAUGGAUGAGGAGCCGAGCAGUCACGGGGAGGAGGCCAGCAGCCAUGGAAGUGGACUCCACCUCUCUGUGCCAAUGGAAAACCUGGAGAUCAUCUCUGAUUCUGAGGAAGGAGACGUAACUUCUAUAAUUAUCCCUGAAUGGUUGAAAGAAGGGGAGUUUGUAACUGUGGGGACCAACAAGAGUGGAACCGUGCGAUAUGUGGGACCCACUGAUUUUGCGCAGGGUACCUGGGUGGGCGUGGAACUGGAGGUACCAGCAGGCAAGAACGACGGCUCAGUGGGCGGCAAGCAGUACUUCCAAUGCAACCCCGGCUAUGGGGUGUUGGUACGGCCCGACCGAGUGUCCCGCGGCGGCGCCAAACGCCAUCGCCAGAAGAAAAAGCGCCACAGUGCCAACCUGUCGGGAUCGAGCCCUAACCUGGCGGCCCUCACCGCUCUGGCCAAAGGAGAACCUGGCGGGGGGGCCGGGGGCAGCCGCAGCAGAGGAGAGAACCGCAAGUCCUGGAACACCUGAGAGGCUUUGUAUCUGCGAACAGCUGAUUGCUGCACCCCCACUCAGACGUCACUUACGUUUUCAGAAGCCACUGUGUUUUAUCUGAGCAGAUUCACCACAGAAUUCACUUAGCUCUACGAGUUGGGGCCACGAGUAGUUGCCUCUUGCUCUUCUGUUGAAAGCCCUGUUCAAGCUGUUAUUUUACCACCUGAUGUACCAAGUGAUGGAAACCUUCAGAGAGCUGUUGAAUGUCUUAUUGGAAAAUGUGAAUGUUUCAGAUAUGCAAUUUUCUUUUUAGUUAAUUUAACUUUUAAUGGUGGAUGUUUCAUUUUGUAUUUAUUCGAGACACGUUAGAUAACAGAACACUGCCUCAAAAUCAUCAAAUUUCUUUUAUCUUUUAACAUUUUAAUGUCUUCCUGCCAGGAAAAAAGUAUCUUUGUGUAAGGGUCAGUUAUUAAAAGUAGUUUAAACACACUGGAUUAUGACUCUAAAGCUGCACAACACCUUCAUGUGCUGAUAUAUCUACUGUUCAAAAGAGAAUAUGCAGCUUGUUUGGAUGGACUUAACUUUUCACUUGUGCCUUGAAAUAUGAAAUACUGCUACUACUCAGCAAAAGUGCCUCAGUGCCACACCCCCACAUUCUUUUGUCGACACGUUUAAAAAUAAACUUCUUUUAGCUCUUGAAAGUGUUUUUCUACAGUUUUACAAACUUGCACUCGCUUUGCUGACAGAUGCUACUGAAAUGUUGCAACAUGUUUUUAAAUCCACUUUGUCUAAGUGUUUGUGUGUGAUGAUUGAUUGGAAGUGACUUCAUUUUUAAGAGGAAUUAGAUUUAAUUAGAUUUUUUUGUUAAUUAAUUCAAUUACAUUGUGUGUGGGAGCCUUGUGAUUUGUCCAUGAGGACAUUUGAGGGAUUUUGUUUGUCGUAGUGAAAUUGGUGAAUCAUUUUAUGUAUAUGCAUUCAAGCUGAUCAUUUUGUCCACCUUAAUGCUUAUUUAUUUAAAGAUGAAGACACUAUAUUGUUUAUCAUAAGCAAAAAUCGUCUUUUUUAAUGUUUGAAUAAAUAAAAACAGUAAACUUUA